CGGAGCGGUGGUGCUCUCGCUUCGUGUUCCUCGUGGACUUCAGUCUCUCUCUCUAUACGUACCGGGAGGUAUUGCCAUCGGCCGGGCCGGUUAGCACGGCGGUAUCCAGAUUUUGCGGCUUUGCGAGCUUCCAUCGUGCGAGAGGCAGCAGCGACGGCGGCACCAGGACCGGCCAACGUGAGUCGGAGAGGAUAGGACGAGAGCGGGAUGAGAAAUCGCCGGCUGUGUGGAGGUUCACCUGGUGAUAUCCUACUCGGUUGACAUAAAAAAGAACGCGCGUGGACCGGUCCACGCUGGUCCAAUCUAACGGAUAACUCGUCUCGCCCUCUCUCCCGUCUCCGUGAGUUUCCACUUCCGUGAUGUUUUCCGGCUCGACGUACUAGAUCGGUGAAAUAGUGAGAGACUGUAACAUUAUGGCACGUAAAAUAUUAGUCUGAGUUACUGUGCGUUUGUUUCAUUAAUCAUACUUCUAUAAGAAUACAAUUAAAGAAAAGAAGGAAGGGACACGCGUGACUCAUUCGUCGAGCAUCGCCAAGGAUCAGCAGACGGCGCAAAAUUCCAUCCGGAAACUUUCUAAGUUCAACCCGUAGCCGUUCUCUCGCCAUUCCAGAGUACUCCGGAGCAAGAACGAUUACGGAGGAAUUGCGCGCGCGAAUGUGUGCUGGCUGCUGGGGUACGAUCGCGACGCUGGUAACGGAGGUCGUCCCGCAGCAAGUCCGUCGGAAAAUGUAGAAGGACGUUGCGACUGCGUACGCGGUUGACAGACGACGAGUAAGAAGCGAGAAGCGGCGCGGUAACUCGUUAACCGGUUUCCGCGGAUCGGCAUGCAGAACGACACGUAGCCGAGAGGCUACGCACGCCAUCGAGAGCUCGCUCACGGAUCCUUCGUGGAUGUGUCGCACAUAGGACCGGAAUCCCACGGGUCCCAUGACGUCGCGAUCGUCGUCACCUGCUAAUAAUACCGCGUCCUCUCGGGGGAGACACGGGAGAUCGGCGGCCGCAGAGGGAGGAAGCGUCAACGACGGACUCUCGACAGCUCUCUCCGCGAUGGAUGUACCUUCGGUACCACCGUAUUUCCGUUACCGAACGGAUACCGGCGUCUCCGAUUGCGUUAACCGUACGAGGAUCGAGCGGUGCUCAUCCGCCUGUUGCUGUGAGAUAUAGGAUUGGAACUUGGUGAUUUCGAGGAGGCGCCUCCUGGUCCCGCGAUAGGUCGCCGAUAUAUCGUCGACGGAAUAUCCUCGGAAGAAGUGUUGGAUGGCGGCUUAACAUUUUAACGCGCCGACGUGCCAGUCGUCUCGUGCGUCGUUGGAAAGUGCGUCGCGUAGUGUCCGUGAAUGUGUGACCGGAAAUGUGUGGAAUAUUUAUGUCGGAAAUGCGAAUGACCGGUGUGAUUGGUGGUGAUGGUCGCGCUUUUCAUAGAUCUGACAAUGCCGAAUUGUUGCCUUGUCAUUUAAAUCGGGGAUAAAUGCCGUUCGCCGCUCGAUUUUCACGCGCGGUCGGUGUUCGGGGAGAAAGUAUCCUCUUUCGUGAAAGUUAAGGGAGACGGUGCGUUUUGGAAGGACAACGUGCAAGUACAACGGUCGCUGUGGCAUGAGGAGGCUUGCACGCAGGCGCAAUAUCCCGGCCGCAUUCUUUGCGAUUAUGGGACGCCUUGGCAAAGGCUCGCAGAGCGCGACGAGGCCCAUUUUCAGGGUGCAUUAUCGGAAGCUCGUGGACGAGUACUCGCAGCAGGAACAGUUGAGGUUCAUGCCCGCGCUACCUGACUAUAUGUCGUAUUGCUGUUGCCGAUGUGGUCACACUCAAAAGCUGAAAGCGGAGGAGCUGAACACCAUCGUUGGCAAUGCUUUCCGCAUGGCGUACGUGGCGCAGCUUCAGCGCCAACCGAUCCUUCAGGAUGUAAUCUCGCCGCGAUCGACGACAUCCUAUCGCAAGGACAAGCAGGAGCAUCGAACGUCGUGGAACAAAUCACUGCCCGCAGACGACACGAUCGCCGCGGGCGCUUGCAGGAGUCCGUCGUCGAACUCGUGGCUGAAAAGUCGGACGUCGCCCACCUCCAGGACUGGAAGGGGUCCGUCCGCAGCGGAUAUGAACGUGCAGCUCGGCAGCGCCGGCUCGCCCACGCUGCGGCUCGCCAGCGUAAAGACGCCGAACACGAUCCCGGGUCUGCGGCCGUCGUUCACGAACGUCCUCGGGCCCAUAACGAACGUGGACGAGCCGAAGAGCAUAUCCCAGCAGAGCACGCCGAGCAGCGAUGAGAGCAACUCGCCGACGGAGUUAAACUCGUACAAGAGGCUAACGGACAAGCCGCCGCUGAUAAAGCGGCUGGCGAUGGGUUUGACAGGUGGACGCGACGUUCUUGGGCUGAACGGUGAGGAUGACAGCUGCCCGCUCGUCAGCGGUAGCAGCACGCCGACCAGCCCAUCGAACAGGCCUCAUUCCGGGGGCUACAUAAACGAGGCGAUCAUCGACUCGGAGGGUACGAGGCCGUCAUACAACAAAAUCCCGCCGUCCGAGAGCCUCGACAACACCAUCAACGCGUCCAUCACCAACGCGAAGAACUUCAACAUCGAGAACAACAGGAUAGGGCACAAUUGCCCGGACACGGGCACGGAGGCGGAAUUCAAGUCGAAAAGAAGAUCGCAAAUUAGCACGUCGAGCAGCUCGGUGCCCGCUGACGGAAGCACUCAUGGCUCCACGCCAACCCCGCCGCCUUUACCCGAGAGAACAGACAGCCUGAAUAAUCGAAGCGAGGAGGCCGAGCUACGCAAGGCGCCCUGGUUUCAAGCUGGAAUACCCAGAGAGAUAACGCUGGAGGUAUUGAGCCAAGAGCCAGAAGGAGCGUUUAUGGUGCGGGAGAGUACCAGCAAGCCCGGAUGUUACGCCCUCUCCCUCCGUGUGCCCCGUGAAUUCCAGCCGAGCGGAAUAGCCCAUUAUCUCAUAAUGCGUACAAACAAAGGUUACAAAAUCAAAGGCUUCACAAAAGAGUUCACAACGCUCACCGCGCUAAUCACUCACCAUUCAGUCAUGCCGGAACUAUUGCCGUGCCCGUUGUCGCUAAGCCGAUAUAAUCCGAGCUUCGUCAAGACUGACUCCAGCAAGGAUUUCGCGGACAUCGAUUCGGACCCGGAUUACAAUACCCUGGCGGAUUUUCGCAAAAUGAUGGCCGAUCUGAAUGUCUAGAACGAUCGUCGAGAAUUAUAUAUAUCUCUCUCCGUACUUUUCUGCGAUUCGUCGAUUCAUGUGAAACCAGUUGGAACGCGAGGCACCGUUCGGUAUAUUUGUACCUGGAUCGAUUUUGUGCCAUUGAAUUGUACGUAAAAAGCCGACGUUUACUCGCGAUCGUCGUCCGCGAAGAGAUCGCGGCAACGCACAUUGGACGACGCUUAAGUUAACGAAUCUAUGUUCCGGAAAGACUCGCACAGCCACCAAGUGAUACAUACUCGUAAGUCAUUAAUAACGGUAAGAAACGGUAGCGUAGAUAAUUUAAUAACUCCUAGUGUUAUAUAUGACGCGUGACUGGAAUAGCGAUGCGAUUUUUUCUUUAUUACAGCACGCGCGCCUAGCGAGAUAUUAAUUUUAAGCUUGUUAUAGCGGACGAAGCGCGAAACAAUCGACGUCUGUCGAAUCUUCAAUCAGAGUAAAUUAUUUUCGCAAAACGGACUAUAUGUUCAAGCGAUCGUUACGAAGGUUUAUUAUAUUUUUUGCGAGUUUUUCCAUGGUUAAACGGAAGUAAAUCGAGUUUUGUUAUCGUUUGGAUCGCUCCCGACAGUUGCAACGAUGCCAAACGAUUCGUUAAUAUAUCCUUGUUAUAAAACGCGCAAUAGUCGAAUGAUUGGAGAAUUAAGAAGAUAAGUAGAACGAAUCAAUUCAUUGCGGAAGGUUACGAAUUUAAGAAAAAUUUCAAUUUAUAAUUAAAAUGUCAGGUUGAAAGGACAUUAAAAAUACAUGACAAUUCAAAAGAAAACUGAAGGUGAUAUGUGAAAGACAUGUUCUCUGAGAGAAAAAUCGAUAACUUCUUUUCAGAAUAGCGUGUUAUAUUAAGAUAUUUUCCAUCUAGUUCCUCUCUCGAUUGCAGCUUCACGGCGUCCGAAAAUGAUUUAGUAAUUUUUAUUCGACUGAAACGGUUAUCUAAUAUUGUACUUUUUGUAAGAUGUAUCGAAGGAAUAUUGAGGAUCAAUAUAGUUUAUCAUCGUCACACAUAACGUAAACUAUAUUGAUCUUUAAUCGCUCCGAAAGCAGGAAGGCUGUUGUAUAAUAGGCAAUGCGACCACCUCUUCCGCUUUGACUAGACGUUAUAAUUAAUCAAAAGCAUAUACUUGAAAUGUGAAAAAUACGAAGGAGAGCGUCACAUAUUCUGUACCUCGAAGAGAGUUGAACAGCUUAAAAAUGUCCGAGCUUGGGAGUAAAUCAAGACGUAACUGGUCCAUUAUCGAACGUCGAAGUUAGAUUCUUUCGUUAAUAUUUAAUCGCAUUCCCGAUAGUAUAUCGCAAUCCGAUGCUAUAUCGAGAACCAAAAACGAAAAUAACAUUCGCCGAAAUUUCGAUGAAAAGAGAAAUAGCUCGUUCUCGUUUAGAAUUGAAAAUGGAAUAAAUAAUUUCGAUUGCCAGAUGUUUCGACUAAUAUCUCGUAUAAAAUAACGUGAAAAAUAAAAAUUUCAAAUUUAUUUCUCACUCCACAAAUGAAAUAAUACAAAAAUAUUGGAAGAUAUUCUAUUAUAAUUUGAUGAAAUGUAAAACAAGAAAUGAAGACGGAUGAAAUAUUUUUCGCUUUUGGUCCCUGAUCGCAAUAUUGAUGUACAUGUGUUUAUAUGUAUAUAUGUUAUAAUUAUUCUCAUUCGCGCAUUAUAUUUCCACACGGUAUAUUUAACUAGUAAACGUCAAAGAGGAUUAGUAAACGGCAUGGAAUCUUGGAAAUGCGAUUACGCCUAAGAGAGGACACAGAACUUCCUCGAAAUUUCGACUCGGCGAAACACGAAUUACCAUAAUAGGCGAUAAUUUAGUUUCUCAGCUAUCCUAGUCUUGUACAGAAAUUUCGCGCAUAGCUGCGACAAUGAAAUUCAUACUAUUAUGCGUAGAUAACUAUCGUAUUUAAGCGAUUCUCAGCGGCGACCAGACACUAAAUCGCGUGGCACGUUUUUUAUACACCAGAAAAUAAUUUUCCGAGUAUAAUCACCACGUAUUAUUAAUUUCUUGACUAUAUAUACGAGCUAUUAAGACUACAUCGAAAUCUUUGAACUGCCAGUGUAACAUCUCAUCAAAAUCGUUCAUUACUACCAUCAUUCAUUACGAAAAAUAAGAGCACAGAUUAAGCCCGCUACGAUAUCGGUGAUUAAAUUUUGAUGCUGCAGGGAUAUAUGAGAAUAUAAAGGCGACAUAGCAUACACUUUUGUAGCAUCAAAUAUUACAUUUUCCAAAGUGAUAACGGUUUCGAUUCCUGAGCGAAUGGAGCAAAUAAGAAUGCAUUGAUAACGUGUCGACGAAGUUUUAUAUUGAGAUUUAUAUCUAGUAACGCAUUGUAGAAACGCACUGCGAGAAAGCUCAGACUGAUGCAUAUGGUGCAUUGAAAUCGUAUGUAUGAUAUGUAUAAUAGAUUUGUGCGAAUAUGUAUCGCUGUGACUUUCUGCUUCUACAAUGUGUUCCUAGUAACGCUUUCACGACAACGCGAACUGCGAAGUUACUGUAAUAACGAAACGGGAAGUCUCAUAGAAAUAUCUGUAUCUGCAAAAUAUCAUUAAAUCCACCACAAAUCGUUUUUUAAGAUCACGACUGCAAUUAUAUAAAGAAAGGUGUCUUGUAUUAUUAAUUUCAUGCACACGCGCAAUCCAAUGGAUCGAGCAAAAAAUUUAAAAUAGCGUUUUUGGAAGUUAAAAUAACGAGAGAAAACACGAAAAAGAAUGUUUGUAUUACGAAAUUGAUUAAUGCGUGCUAAGAUAAUCGCAGCAUAAUUAACUGUUGUAAUGUACGCUACGCAUGACAUUAAUCACUGCUUGAGGUUUGUAAUGUUUUAUGAAAUUAUUACCGCGAUGCGUUGUAUAAUGUCAAGAGAAAUUAUUUAUUACAAUAAAUAUAAUACAAAGUA